UUGUUUGUCCCUUCUUCCCACAGCUAUCGGAGACCCACCCCCCUCUACCCCGGCCAUGUAUAUAUCAGGGACACGCACGCCGGUCACUCACUCACCACCUCCAACACAACGCCAUCAUGAAGUCGCUGCUGCUUCUGCCCCUCCUCCUGCUCGGGGUGAACGCGGGGCCUUCCUACACCGAAUGUUACUCUGGUCCUAAUCUCGGUGGCUACUACGUCUACUUCGAUAACUACGCACCGGACCUGUACGCCAACGGGAUCGACAAUGACAUCGAGAGCGUGUAUCAGACAGGCAUGUGGAUAUACUACGAAAACUACGACUAUAAUGUGGCAGCGGCUGGGUUAGUCUACUUCGUCCACGGCAUCGACAUCACCGUAAACUUUCCCGGCGCGUAUUCAAACGUGAUGUCCUCCCUUCGGUUCGCUGGUAGUUUUACGGCGCUGAACGCAGACACGAUCGCGUUCUAUGAGGGCACGUCGUUCACGGGCGUCGAGUAUUACACUGAGUACGACGCCGCCAACUUGGGCCAGAUGGCGGGCAGGGCGUCCUCCAUCAUCGUCACUGGAAGCAGCCCCUGGACCAUCUACACUGGUGAGGGCUACACCGGCUACUACUGGUGUGUGUAUUCCACCGACCAUGACACGGGCAGCAACGGCGCGGUCCUCGACCUUGGCAUCUUCCCCUCCAUCGUAGAUGCGGGGGUCCCCGACAACAGCAUCCAGUCUGUGAGGAAGGGCUGCUGGGGCAAACGUGUGGCCAAGGCUCCGGAGCUCAAAGUGGACGGCCGCCAGAAGAACGGUGCCUGGGGCCGCCUCGAGUGACACCGUCGCCGCCGCCUAGGAUUAGUUAGGUUAUUGACCACACAAAGUAUAAAGUGUGAUUAAAAUCAAAACAGAAUUUCGGACAGCAUAAAAUCAAAAUCAAAACUGCACACUUAGUAUGAACACAUUGUCGACAGAAAAGUUUAAAUCUUGGUUAUUUGAUGUUAUUUGAUCUCGACAGCACAGGCAAGCACCGACGGUAAAGCACACUUCGGCUGUGAGAAGGAAAUGCCAACAGCACCACUUGCAUAGAGAUUACUGAUAUGUACCGUUAAGUUAAGAAGGCAGUUGAGAAGAAAUCUACUAAUUUGUAAGACAGUCGCGUGAUGAUAUGGGUGAAUACUGGAUGUAUUAGCAUAAUAAAGAGCCAGAAAGGUUAUGUUCUGCAAAAAUAUGAA